AUGGCUAUCCGUCACUGCUUCGACAAAGAUGUUAACCAGAUCUCUCAAAUGAUCAGGGAGUUGAAAGCAUACGAGGCUGAUCCUAAAGUCAAAGCUGUGAUAUUGAAGGGAAAUGGAAAGGCAUUUUGUGCAGGUGGUGAUGUUUUGGCAUCAUAUAUUUGUAUGGUUGCAGGUGAAAAUCUUCUUCCAAGAAAGUUUGAAGUAAUAGGAAAGUGUAGGAUGCCGUUAAUGUUUAUCUUCUUGGAUGAAGCAGGGCAUUGGAGUUAUGGCACAAAUUUUUACAAGAAACAAGUCAUUUUGGACUACUUAGUUGCAACAUACAGAAAGCCUGUGGUUGCAAUUAUUGAUGGAAUCGUGAUGGGGGGUGGUGCUGGUCUAUCCCUGCAGGGAACUUUCAAGAUUGUCACUGAAAAUACUGUUUUUGCUAUGCCAGAAGCAGGAAUAGGACAUUUUACUGAUGUUGGAGCAUCAUAUUUCCUUUCCAGGCUCCCUGGACAUUUUGGCGAAUUUUUGGGACUUACUGGAGCUAAGAUUAAAGGAGCAGAAAUGAUUGAAUGUGGCCUUGCAACUCAUUUUAUCCUCUCAAAGGACCUCCAUUUGUUGGAAACUGCACUAGAAGAAAUAACUUCUGAUACAAAAACAAUUUCUGAGGUCAUCAGCAAAUUUAUGCACAAACCAAAUGUGAAACAGCAUGGUGUCUUUAGCAGAUUGGAGAUCAUCAACAAAUGUUUCUCAAGAAAAACAGUUGAAGAAAUACUAUCAUCACUGGAGAGUGAGGCAGAAAAUAGAGCAGAAAAGUGGAUUGUUCAGGCAAUCAAGUGGAUGAAGUCAGCCUGUCCGACAAGCCUCAAAAUUUCACUCAGAUCGAUUAGAGAGGGCUGCACGCAAGGACUUGAGCAAUGCCUCAUCCGUGAAUGUACUAUUGUUUGCCACAUUGUGAGAAGAACAGUUAGCAAUGAUAUUUAUGAGGGAAUAAGGGCCAUGUUAGUGGACAAAGACAGAAAACCCAAGUGGGAGCCUGCAAAAUUAGAGCUUGUGACUGAUGAAAUGGUGGAUCGAUAUUUCUCCAGAGUUGAUGAAGAUGACUGGGAACCCCUUAAACUUCCUGCCAGAUCAUCCAACUUAGGUGAUACUGUGAGGCCAAAACUUUGA